AUGGGAGCAACACUCGAUACUGCAAGGACACUUAGCAUGGUCAUAUCCUCGCUCAUCCUAACAUACCAUGCCGCGACAGCAUAUCUAUGCACCUUUCUUACCAGUGACCCCCUGUAUAUGUCCUUUAGCGUAACUGCUUAUGCUUGGUACGGCUGUGUUUUGGCCAUGCUGGGAAUCUACGGAUCCUACAAGAAAUCACCCACACAUCUUACAAUCUUCUCCAACCAUCUACUCAUAGACACGGUACUUUCGCUCGUUCCCAAAGUCGGCCUCGUCUAUCUUUUCCACGAUGUUACUGCCGAUCUCUGCUUUACCAGCAAGCUAAAUACGUCAUUCUGGUUCCCUUCGACCAUCGAGGACCUGCACGGUCCUGGGCGCGUCAUUCAAUCUUCAUCCACGGAACAGUCGCUAGGAGCGAGCUUCAAAGCGCGCCGCCACUGUGAGACGGACGUCCUCAUAGCUCAGAUUGCUUUCGCUGCAGUCCUAAUUUUCUGGACAAUUGCUCAGUGGGGCAUGGGCUUGAGCGUGCGCCGGUACGCCCUUAGGCUAGAACUCCAGAGCUACAAUAAUGUCCAAGGUGACAGAAAUGUGGACGAGGAGAAGAUCUUCUACUACGAAAAAAGUCCUGUCGACGAGUAUCGAGAUGCUGUCAAACUCGCCCAGAAUUGGACAGAGAAAGACAACACCACUCUCAUCGAGGUUGCCGAAAAGCCCUCCUGA